AUGUCCGGCCCCAUCGCAAUAAGAGAAAUGGAAAUGGACAAAAAUAAGCCUGAUGCAUCCGCCCUGCCGCCAUCCAAAGCAGUAGAGAAUCAACCUUUAGCGAACAAAUCACUUAUGAUUCGAAGUACGCAAGAGCCGCACCGCAUCCUUACUCUCUGCAAUGGAGAGUUAAAAUUCUUAUCUAAGCCCACCCCUGGAGGCGGCGCUUUCUGGCAUUGUGUUAAGAAAGAUGGCUGGUAUGGAUUCCGCAACACUGUUUCCGUGGCCUGGGUUCCCGGCCACAAGGACAUACAUGGCAACGAAGUUGCAGACAAACUCGCCAAGGAAGGAUCAGAGCUUCCGACCCCCCCAUCUAGGACCGCAACGAUCACCCACAUCAAAAGGUGGGCCAAAAGCGAGAGGAAACGGCUCCGGGAGCUAGACUGGGACCAGAACCGACCGCCUUACUACAGACGCUGGCGACUAGACGCCCUCGCCAAACCCCCGGAACUACAGCUGCCGAGGGCCAUACUCCAUAGGCUGUACGCGGAGAGGUCGGGCCACGGCGACUUCGUCGAGUACCACGAGAGAUUCGGACAUGACACCAGGCCCACUUGCAAGUGCGGGGAGCCAAGAACACAAGGCCAUUUCGUAGAAUGCAGGAUGGUCAAACCCUUCCUGCCAGAUGUCCCCGACAAGGACCUCCUCAUGAGCAUCACACCCCUCAGAUACCUACUCGGGCCAAACGGCUACAAACAUUUCCAGACACUAGUGGAGGACACAAGCCCUUACGGCCCUGCCCCCCAAGACACAGAUUGA